UUUUAAUUUGAAAGUAUCACCCGGAUACUUUUUAGUUUAGUAAAAGCUACAGUAGCUCAUUUUGCACGGUUUUAUUUAUUUUUUUAAUCUGAAGUAUUAGCAUGACUUUAAUAUUGAUUAUCAUUUACGUGUUUCAAAUGUUUGGUGGAUGUUUUUGUCAUAACGUCACACGACCGAACAUCGUGAUGGUGAUGUCUGACGCCUUUGACGGACGGUUAACGUUUGAUCCUGGCAGUAAAGUUGUGCACUUGCCUUACAUAAACUACCUGAGAGAGCUGGGCAGCACCUUCUUAAACGCAUACAGCAACUCACCUAUCUGCUGCCCCUCCAGAGCAGCCAUGUGGAGCGGCCAGUUUGUUCACCUGACCCAGGCGUGGAACAAUUACAAGUGCCUUGAUGCCAAUGCAAGCACGUGGAUGGACCGGCUGGAGAAGAGUGGCUAUCUUACCAAGAUGCUGGGCAAGCUUGACUACACUUCAGGGCAACACUCUCUCAGCAAUCGCAUCGAAGCCUGGACCCGGGAUGUCCCCUUCUUGCUGCGCCAAGAGGGCCGACCAGUCACACAACUUGUUGGGAACGCGUCAACAGUGAGAGUAAAUACUGUCGACUGGAAAAACACGGACUUGACCACACAGUGGAUCCACCAGAAGGCAGCAUCCUCACACCAGCCUUUCGCUCUCUACCUGGGCCUUAAUUUACCUCACACCUACAAGACUGACUCCUUGGGACCCACGGCCGGAGGAUCUACCUUCCGCUCAUCUCCCUUUUGGCUAAAAAAGGUUCGUUCUGAUUUCGUCUCCGUACCCACCUGGCUGCCCAUGGCUGCCAUGCACCCUGUGGACUACUACUCCACCUUCACCAAAAACUGCAGCGGGGACUUCACCGAGGAGGAAGUCCGAAGAAUCCGGGCCUUCUACUAUGCCAUGUGCGCUGAAGCGGACGCCAUGUUGGGGCGGGUGAUUUCAGCUCUGAGAGACACCCAGCUGCUCCAGAGCACUGUGGUGAUUUUCACGGCGGACCACGGCGAGCUCGCCAUGGAGCACCGGCAGUUCUACAAGAUGUCCAUGUUGGAGGGAAGCGCCCAUGUUCCCUUGCUCAUCAUGGGACCGGGGCUGGUGUCGGGCCAGCAGGUCAAGCAGCUGGUGUCCUUGGUUGAUGUCUAUCCUACUGUACUGGAUAUUGCAGGUAUUUCAGGUGCAGGCAAUCUCAGUGGCCACUCGCUCCGUCCUCUUCUGUCCAAGCACGACAGCUUUCCAAGGAGGCAACGCCCAGACUGGGUUUUGAGUGAAUACCAUGGCUGUAAUGUCAACGCCUCUUCAUACAUGCUGAGAAGAGGACGGUGGAAAUACAUCGCCUACGCAGACGGUCUGACUGUACCUCCCCAGCUUUUUGACCUGACACAGGACAAGGAGGAACUUCAUGACGUGGCCAUCAAAUAUCCAGGUGUGCGGGCACAACUGGACACGCUGUUACGCAGCAUUGUAGACUACCCAGCUGUCUCUGAAACCGUGCAUGUCUACAACAAGAAGCAGUUUGGUGCCUGGCAACAAAGUGCAGGAAGUAACUAUAGCCGGGUCAUGGCUAAUCUCAGGUGGCAUGUCGACUGGCAGAAAGAUGCUUCGGGCAAUGAAAGAUUGAUUGACAGGAGGAAGUCUUGCCCAUAAGAGCUCGACGUGGGCGACUUCAAAAUGAUAAAUGGAGAGUGUGUCAGGGAGUUGCUGGAGGGAGAGCCGCAGGAGCAGCAUGGAGGACAACACGUCGCUACAUAACACCUCUUUUAAGUCCCGGCGCAAAACUCUACCAAGAGACCAACGACUACGCUGCGCUCUGGUCCUCCUGGCCGUGUUCCUGCUGAGCUCAGCAGGGGUUCUAUUGGUGGCCCUUGCUAUGAGGCGGGCCGGCCCCACGUCACUUGACACCCAGACCACAGAAGACAACAGCAGAAGGAUGAAGACAAGAAUCCAAGUGCCUUGCUCACAGUUGCGGAAGGCAAUACAACAGACGGCCAAUAUCUGCGGUGGGGGACUGAGCACCACAACGCUCACCUUCAC